AUGUGGGUGUUUUACAUGAUCUCUCUGCCCCUCACUGUGGGGAUGGUGCUUUUCACGCUGAGGUACUACGCAGCCCCACGCGUCCCUCGCUACGUGCUUUUCACCGUUGGAUACACCUGGCUCUCUUCCCUCUCCAUCAUCGUCCUCGUCCCCGCUGAUAUCUGGACGAAACCCAAUGCUCCUCAAAAUACCAAAAGCCAAUUCUUGAUGCGGAAAGAAGUGUCUGAGCCUGUGGGUCUCAGAACUCCAGAAACACAUAACUUAAGCAGUGGUAAUCUUGUGAUGCAUAGUCACAUCAAAUAA